GUUGACGUCAGUCUGAGCACCGUUCUGCUGCCAGAAACUGGAGAGCAGAGAAAAAAGGAGGAAACCUGGGGGAUUAAGUGACUGCUUCACAUCACCGAGGAUAAUAUUGGAUAUAAUCCACUGACUUUAGCUGUGGCUACAGUAACAGAAAAUUGAGAAACGAUGUUCGGCUUAUGUCCAGAGACAUAACGAGCUCGCCUGGACUCGCUCUUUGAAGUUUUGGCUGAAGAAGUUCACAACGGCUACGGCUAGCUGUUAACCUUAUCACUAGGGCUGUUCUUUUCGCUGCCACAGACCGACAUCACAUAAAAGCAGCAGCCAUGGUGUCCUGGAUGAUUUCCAGAAGCGUUGUGCUGGUGUUUGGGACCCUAUAUCCUGCAUAUUACUCUUACAAAGCAGUCAAGACCAAAAAUGUCAAGGAAUAUGUGCGUUGGAUGAUGUACUGGAUUGUCUUUGCCCUCUACACUGUGGUGGAGACCAUCUCUGACCUUACGUUAGCAUGGUUUCCUUUGUACUAUGAGCUGAAGAUUGCCUUUGUGAUCUGGCUACUGUCGCCCUACACCAGAGGAGCGAGUCUCAUUUACAGGAAGUGCCUGCACCCACUGCUGUCCUCCAGAGAGAGGGAAAUAGAUGAAUAUAUUGUGCAGGCCAAAGAGAAAAGCUAUGAAACCAUGGUGAACUUUGGCAAGCAGGGACUGAGCAUCGCAGCCACGGCUGCUGUCACCGCAGCUGUCAAGGGUCAGGGCGCCAUCACGGAGAAGCUGCGAAGCCUGAGCAUGCACGACCUCACGCAGAUAAGCCAGCAGGACGACAGGGGGAACCAGCUGUACCAGUACAGCUCCCACGCGUCCAACCCUGCCAUGAGGAGAUCUCAGAGUGCUGAUGUUGCAGAUGGAGAAGAUUACUUUUAUGACCAGGAGGACCGGUCAGAUGAGGAUGGGGAGCCAAUAUUCUCCGAAGACGAGGCCGUUACUCAGAAAGGACUGAGGCGAUCGCAGAGUGUCAAGAUAACGCGGUCUAGGAUCCGCAAAGACGCUCGGUAUGGAUCCCUGAAGAUUAAAGGCAAGAAGAGACCAGCACUGAACUCGGUGAAUUAUGGGGUGUGAAGAAACUACUGCUGAUAUAAAUAUAUAUAUCUAUAUAUAUAUAUAGAUAUAUAUAUACACACACACACACACACACACACACACACUGAUUGAUCGGUGGAUGGUAUUUACAGUUCUUCUCGGUCUGAACUCUUUGUGCGUGUCUCCGAUCUCGAGUCUUCUGCUGACAUAUUUAUUCCCUCGGUGAAGGUCGAUGAAGACGCUGUUUGACCUUUUUGUCUUUGGGACGAUUUUGCAUGGACUUUUGUUUGUUUGUUUGUUUUUUAUCAAGUCAUAGUGUUAAGGUGUGAUGUUGUGUUUUUUAGUUUUUUGGUCUUUUACAGUUUGAGUCUGUCCAUUUGACACUUUUUUUCACUCAUGGUACCACUUUUUUAAAAAAAGGCGUCGUCUGUGUACAGUUCAUAAAUACUAAUGUUUUAUCAAUGAAA